CUGAUCGUCUCCCAGCGAGCAAGGCUGCGCUGGAGAGAACCGGCGCAUACGCGUUCCAUCCCUCCCUCCCUCCCAAAUCCAGAGGUCGCAGGCGAGGGGAACCGGCAGCCACCCCCUGAAUUUCCAGGACGCUUCGUUUCCCUUUCCGGAGCCCGCCGCCCCUUCCUCGUUUUGCUCGGUUCCUCCCCCCCCCGAAACCGCUCUCCCCCCAAAUCCCCCCCCCCCCCCCAACUCACUCAAAACCCUCGCGGCCCGAUGGCCGCCGCCGCCGCCGCUUCGGAGGAGGCCGUCAAGGCGGCGAAGGUCCUGAUGGUCGGGGCGGGAGGCAUAGGAUGCGAGCUGCUCAAGACGCUCGCGCUCUCCGGAUUCCGCGACAUACACAUCAUUGAUUUGGACACCAUAGAGGUUAGCAAUCUGAAUAGGCAAUUUUUAUUUCGGCAGAGUCAUGUUGGGCAGUCAAAAGCUAAAGUUGCUCGGGAUGCUAUUUUGAAAUUUAGGCCAAAUAUCAAUAUAACACCUUAUCAUGCAAAUGUGAAGGAUGGUCAAUUCAAUGUUGAAUUCUUCAAGCAAUUUAAUGUGGUUCUGAAUGGUCUUGAUAACCUGGAUGCUAGACGGCAUGUUAAUCGCCUUUGCCUUGCUGCUGAAGUUCCUUUGGUUGAAAGUGGUACCACUGGUUUCUUGGGACAGGUUACUGUUCACGUCAAGGGUAAAACAGAGUGCUAUGAAUGUCAACCAAAGCCUGUCCCUAAAUCAUAUCCUGUCUGCACAAUUACAAGCACGCCAUCGAAGUUUGUUCACUGCAUUGUUUGGGCAAAAGACCUGCUUUUUGCAAAGUUGUUUGGUGAUAAAAAGCAGGAUAAUGAUCUUAAUGUGCACUCAAAAGAUGAUAACAGUUCAAAAGCUGAUGUUUUUGAAAGGAAUAUAGAUGAAAAUCUUGAGCAAUAUGCCCAGAGAAUAUAUGAUCAUGUAUUUGGUUACAACAUUGAAGUUGCCUUGGCUAACGAGGAAACUUGGAAAAAUCGGAAAAGGCCAUACCCAAUAUACGUCAGAGAUGCAUUGCCUGAAGAAGCUGUUCAGCAAAAUGGUGGCUCUCGGGACUGCAAGAACGAGGAGCAGGAGCCAUCUGCUAUGGGGUCUCUAGGUCUUAGAAAUCCACAAGAGAUAUGGAGUCUUGCUGACAAUUCAAGAGUGUUCUUGGAGGCUUUAAAAUUAUUUUUUGAAAAAAGAGAGAAGGAAAUAGGGAACCUUAUUUUUGACAAGGAUGACCAAUUGGCUGUCGAGUUUGUUACUGCUGCUGCUAAUAUUAGAGCUUCCUCUUUUGGAAUACCACCGCAUAGCCUUUUUGAAGCUAAAGGUGUUGCUGGAAACAUAGUCCAUGCUGUGGCAACUACCAAUGCUAUAAUAGCUGGUCUGAUUGUUAUAGAAGCAAUUAAAGUGCUCAAGGGUGAUUAUCAGGAUUAUAGAAUGACAUAUUGUCUUGAACAUCCUGCAAGGAAGAUGCUCUUGAUGCCUGUACAGCCAUUUCAGCCUAAUAAAUCAUGCUAUGUCUGCUCUGAGACCCCUGUUCUUCUGGAGAUUAACACUAAGACAACAAAGCUCAGGGAGGUCAUUGACAAGGUUAUAAAACCCAAACUUGGAAUGAACCUCCCUUCGGUAAUGAUUGGCUCAACUAUUGUUUUUGAGGAUGGUGAUGAUUUAGAUAAAGCUGAGGCUGCAAAUUAUGCUUUAAACCUUGAGAAGGUCCUGGCUGAACUUCCAGCUCCAGUUGUUAAUGGUACAAAGCUUACUGUCGAGGAUUUCCUGCAGGAGUUAUCAUGCAACAUCAACAUCAAGCACAGGGAUGAGUUUGACGAGGAGAAAGAGCCUGAUGGAAUGGUUCUAGCUGGGUGGUCUGGUCCAGUGGAUACGCAGGCUACCAGUAAUGGUGAGAAAAAACUGGUUCCAUCUUCAUCCAGUGCAGAUGAUGAUGGUACUGCCAAGGAUAUAUCUGCGAAACCUGGAAUGAAACGCAAGCUGAAUGAAAUAUUAGAAUCAGAGGAAAACUGUGAUGUUGUCCAGAAUCCUUCAGAUGUUGGUUCCAGUAGCGCUCAAGUUGUUGAAGACGACGAUGACGACGAUGUUGUUAUGUUUGAUGAGGACCCGAAGCUAGGCAAGAGAAAGAGAUUGCAAUAGCAGCUCGUUCCAGAGAUAAAAGCUCUUGACUCCUGCUGUCAUGGCUAACACAUUGUUCCAACAUAACAUCGUUUUUGUAACUUAUCUAAGCGGGCAGCUGAUGUUGAGCUGUCAGUAACUGUACUCGGGACAUCUUUUUGGCGUUAGAUGCCGCUCUCUAGUAAUAUAAUUUGUAGUUAGGCGCAUGAGCAACUAAUGCGGUGAUGCCGUGCUGAAUUGCUGAUAGUAAUAUAAUUUGUAGUCACGUUCCGGGUGAUGUGAUAAUUUUUUGUUCACUUGUGAAGGAUGUAUCGCCAAGCUAUUUUGCAUAUUAAGAAUCAUUUUCAGGGUCUGAAA